CUCGCCGUCACGAAGGCACAGGACACAAGUGCGCAUGUCAAGACGAAGGAUGAACACGAAAGAAACAGGGCCUGAAAAGGGCUCUCCGCAAUCUUCGUCUGCAACGAGUGGCGAUGCGAAGGUGCAUGCACAGCCAGCGAAGGCGUCGCGGAACUACUUGCCAUGGGUCCUGGCUGCAGUCGCGUUGGCUGGCAUGUCAUACCUCUUCACGGGCAAGACUACCACCAAGGAAAAUCCAGGGCUCACUCAUCUUCCAGAGUCAUACGGCUUGUGUAGCGGUCCUGACGCAAUCUAUACGGUCGAUGACGGCCGGCCAACCGUGGACUGUAUUCUUGUCCUCAAGGAUGAAAUACUCGCGGCGGGCACUAGGAGCGAUAUCAUCAGCGCGUGGGACGAGUACCAGACUGAGCUUGUGAACAAGUUCUACGGCGGCGAACCUAAGGCGAAGAAAUCACUUUCUCUCCUAGAGACGAAACAAGGAAGCAUUAUCGUUCCCGGGCUUGCAGAUUCUCAUGCGCACCUCGUUCAGUAUGGCUUUAAAGCAAGCUUGCCUUUGGAUACCGCACAGUCUCUCGACGAAGUGCUCGAUGCGCUAGAGACAUACGUACAGGGUCAUCCAGAUGUCUCACCUGCAGACUGGAUCAGCGGCUUUGGUUGGGAUCAGACUCGUUGGGAAGACUGGGCAGGAGAAUUCCCCACUGCUGCUCAUCUAGCCUCACGCAAGUUGCUCGCAGAGCGUCCCAUCACUUUAUUCAGGGUCGACGGUCAUGCGUUAUGGGUAUCGCCUCGUGCUCUUGAGCUAUCACGAGAACAACUUCCGGGGCGGCGCUGGCCUUCUGAUAGCGAAGUUGAAGGUGGAGAGAUCCUCAGAGACAGUAGUGGCGAUCCAACAGGUGUAUUUGUCGAUAACGCGAUGGCCCUCGUGGCACCUCCGUCGUGGACAGCGUCUCAAAUCGAGGGCUACCUCGAGAAAGCCAUAGAAGACGCUCUAAGCGUCGGUCUCACAAAUGUGCAUGAUGCAGCAUCACUCCCGGAGUAUAUUGAUGCCUUUGCGAAGUUCGCCGACGAUGGUCAACUUCCAAUUCGCGUAUACGCUAUGGGCAACUCGGAGAACACCACGUACUGGGGUGAUGUUAUCCCCAAGCUCGAGGACUACGGUUCACAGGAACAUCUCAACGUUAAAAGUAUCAAGCUUUUCACCGACGGAGCUCUGGGAUCUUGGGGUGCUGCUCUUCUCGAGCCGUACUCGGACAAGCCGGAUACGAAGGGCAUCAUGCGCGUCUCCGCUCAUAGCUUGGAUGAUCUGGUCCAAAAGUUCUGGGACGACGGUUGGGGCAUUAACAUUCAUUGCAUUGGCGACCGCGCGAACAAAGUCGUGCUCGACAUCUUCGAGCGUAUUCUAACGGAAGAAAGCGAGAAGACUGGCGAGAGCCUGCGUGCUGUCGCGGACCGCCGCCGGCCGCGCAUCGAGCAUGCGCAGAUCAUGCGCCCUGAGGACCUCGGCAGAGCGGGUGCGCUUGGAAUUAUUACCAGUGUGCAGCCUACGCAUGCGACUAGCGAUAUGUGGUAUGCAGAGACGCGACUUGGCCCUGAGCGCAUUAAAGGCGCAUACGCUUAUCAGACACUCCUACAAGCUUCACCCAGGCAUAUUCUUCCUCUCGGCUCCGACUUCCCUGUUGAAGGCAUCAAUCCCCUGCUGGGCUUCUACGCCGCCGUGACCCGGCUCGAUGUCCAUGGAAAGAGCCCACAUGGCUCCGCCGGAUGGUACCCAAAAGAGCGCCUCACGCGUGCCCAGGCGCUAAAGGGUAUGACGCUCGACGCGGCGUACGCUUCGUUCGCGGAACACCGCCUCGGCUCGCUCGUACCAGGGAAAAAGGCGGACUACGUAGUGUUCGACCGUGACUUUGUCGACGAGGAGACUCUUGCGGAGGAGACCCUGAAGGCAAAGGUGAGGGCCACGGUCGUGGAUGGGCGGAUUGCGUACGGAGAACUAUGAGGACGGAAAACUGCUUCAUGGGUCUCUCGUCGAAGUGGCUCAUUUACGCUCAAGCCCUGCUAGACAACGAUGGUAUAUUCUUCAAAAUGGACAAUGAAUACAAUCAGCAUUGCGUCCAACAACCAGCUGUGUCCUGCUGUAGAGUCUCCCCUGUUGCCAUGUAUGCCGCGAAAAGAGCUUACGAGAAUUCAAGAGCUGUCUCGAUAUCUAUUAGGAGCUGCGCGAGGCGUGUUGAUGACUAAGGAUUAAGAAUCACAAGAUAGAGCGGCCGAAUGGCGUCGUCCCUGUAUACAACAACCUCGUCGUAGUUCAAGCCUGUAGUCACUCCGGGCUUGCCGACGACUGAAUCGAACCCAAAAGGAGGCUGCAUAAGAGUUUUGUCUUCACGAGGAGCCACGAAUGUUCUUCCCAUGACCACCUCGCUGAGGAUUAUCGCCCGGUAGCUUGAACCUCCCAGCUCAUGAAUGUAAUCGACCGAUUUUGAGGAGGUAGCUGAGGCGUACAGCCCCACGCCGAAUCGCUGAUAGGAACUACGUCUUGCUUUCGACAGAUCGAAUGAGCCCUGCAAAAUACUGCACAUUGCGCAUUGUGCGUUGAGGCAGUAGUUGAGAUUCUGUGCAUUAUCACCGAUGCGACAACAACGAGUCGUUCCGUGCCAGCGUCUUCCUGCGUUACUCACGGUAUCCUGGUGAGCUUUGAAACGUGCUCUGGUACUCUGAGGAAUGAAUGUUCUGUACACCUUCAAUAUAUUCGGUCGCGGCUUGUUGGGAUGCUUCCACUGCUUGUUGAACUGAUCAACCACACUUUGGAAUUGCUUUUGCGUGGGUGGCACCUCAAGAAGAAUUGGUGAUAUAUUGAAGAUAUUAUCCCUGCACGUAUCGGAACAGAAGUCGUAUGGUUUCCCGUUUAUCCAUUCUUUGGGUUUUCGCUUGCAAUAGAGACAGAGAUCAACUCCACGAUUCUUGCGGAGCUUAGACCUCUGAGGCUGCACGGGCUGCUGACUCGCCGCUCUCAUAUGCGAACGGGAGCAAUACUGCGAUGGCUGGCCAUUUGGGCCAACCCAAACAGCGGCAGAGCAGCCUGCGUAAGCACAGAUACCAGCAAGACUCAUAAUGCAACUGAGGGCCACAAAUGCAGUAUGCUGUCAGUCGGGCUCGCUGGGCACCUUGAAAUAUAUAAUACGAGUGUGCGAUCAGCAGCAUUCGAAGGCUGGCAUGGAUCAGAA